GUAUCAAUGAAAAAGGUAGAUAAUUGUGAUAUAAAAUCUUAUUUAUAUAUUUUGGGGCAAAUUAAAAAAAAAAUACAAAGCAUCUCUGUGGAAACGUGCGCGUCUCUCGAUCGAUACACAAAUAGCGCGGCAAACACCUGUAAUGACAGGGCCGACGCGUCACCUGUCAAUGAGCCACUGAGUCACUGGCAGCGGACCGCCGAAGGCUUUGACACCUUCGAUGCGCUUUCUGUCGGAGCGACGGGAAUUUUUAAUAGACAACAUGGCGAACGGGUUGUUGACAACCAGUGUGCUGGAAGGGAUUUUGCAGUAAAGAGAUAUUUUAUGGAUAGUUGGAAUUUAUUUUAUCAAGUAAUUGCAAAGAUUGAAUUUAAACCUGGAGGUUUCAAAAACCCAGGACAAUCAGAGACAAAAGAUCUAAUUCUGGCAAAAAAGUCUGAGUCCGGGCAAGUAUUGCUUUCAGAAAAUCCUGGAACGAAAGGUGGAAAUCCGGUCCCAACCAAACCGAGACAUGUGAUCUCCUUAAUUUCUAUCAAAAUGUAA